GAGAGAGCAUUUGAAGGUUGGGUACAGGUUAUCAGUUCACACUCUUGCCUGUGCCUGUGGUACAUACAGUAUCAUAUACUAAGGCUAAUGUUACAUUAUUAGUAUAAAUGAGUUGUGUUAGACUAAGAGGAAUAUUAGUAGACAUGAGACCAAUGCAGGAGAACAUCAAGGUGCUUUACUUUGCAAACAAAUGUCUGGAGCCAUAUGUAGAGAUCAUCACAGGGAAGGAUGCAGUGAAGCGUCGACGGAGCGUGUGCAGCUCAGAGGAGGGUAACCGCUCUGAGGACGAGGAGCCCGAGGACUUACUUCCUGUUCUCCGAAACCACAGCCAGCUCCUUAAUGACCACCACAUCGAGAGUCUAGCCAAUCACAUGCCAGCAAGGACACAGGGGUAUCCAUGGAACCUGGUCUACAGCACAGCCAUUCAUGGCACCAGCCUGAAGACUCUGUACAGGCAAAUGGCCCACAUCGACAGUCCUGUGCUUCUGGUCAUCAAAGACAUGGGGAAAAAGGUGUUUGGUGCUUUCUCCUCCCAUCCCUUCAGAGUGAGUGACUGUUGCUACGGAACAGGAGAGACUUUUGUCUACAGUUUCGACCCUGCAUUCAAGGCCUACAGGUGGAGUGGUGAGAACUCGUACUUCAUCAGGGGCCAUAUGGACUCUCUACAGAUUGGUGGAGGAGGGGGGCUUUUUGGCCUGUGGCUGGAUGCUGAUCUGUACCACGGUGCCAGCUACUCCUGUCACACCUUCAACAACCAGCCCCUGUCCACCCAGCAAGACUUCACAGUGCAGGACCUGGAGGUCUGGACUGUACAGUAAACAGAGCGAGACACAGAGACUCAGAAGCGGAAGAGAGAGAGAGAAAAAAGCCAGAGCCAUGUCUCUCUAUGGUUUACAACAUGGCUUUACUUGUGUUCAGUGAGGUUUAGCCUGUGCUCAAGCUGUUAGAGUACAGUGAGCUUAAUUCAUAUAUGAACGGACAAAGCCAUUGAUCAUGUGACACCAGUCAUUCCUAUGUGAAAACUCAAUAGUGCAUUUGAAGCCAAGGAAGUCCGUUAAGAUGGUGUCUCAUGUGGGAGAUUUACGUAGGCAUAACAUGCUACUCCAGGAUGUGACGCUGCAGGCUAGCUCAGUGCUGCCCCCUCUUAUUGAGUUUUUCACGUUGAAGGCAGAUUGGGGUAAGGCACGCUGCCAUUAGCUACAAAAGUAUGAUAAUGACUUCUUCUGUGUGCGAUUUUAAAAUAAUCGGUUCAAGCACAUACAUAUGGUAUAAUAGAAGCAAUUAUCAGUAGCAUUAUUUUUUUGUUUGUUAUUAUUUUAUUUACACAAAGAUUGCCAUCUUCCCAUUCACUAAAAUGGGGAUCCUGUGUUCUGCAAAUAAUGCCUGCAGUACUGUGGUUGGCCUUGAAUGAGAGGGGGCAGUCAUUCUCCCCUGGGUUUGUCCUGUGUAAAACCUGGUCUCGUGACUUUUAGGCUGGUUUUAGCUGAGUUUUACCAGCGCGUAACCUAUUAUACCAGCAUUAACUCAGGUUGUAUAUGUGUUUUGCCUGGUUAACUGAGGACUGUAAAAACCUUUAGAAAUACCUGGAAGUCCAUUCACUUGUGGCCUCUAAUGGUUUGUACUAAAGGUAUGGGUUUAAAUCCCAUGUUAAAUGUUUUCUUAAAUUUGUAAAAGAGUAUAAUGAAAAAAAAUAUCAAGAACAAAACAGGAUAUAAGAUGUACCAAAUGUUUUAAUUUGCAUCUUCUUCACAUUACUUUGAUGUUCUUAUUUUCAAUGACGGCCUAGGAACAGUGGGUUAACUGCCUUGUUCAGGGGCAGAAUGACAGAUUUGUACCUUGUCAUCUCGGGGAUUCCAACGUUCUAACCACUAUUUAAAGAAAUGUUAUCUAGGGAAGUAUUUUGUUUUGUUUGCUUUGUUCUAUUUAUAUGUGUUGAGUUUGUAAGUAUGUAUGUUUUUCUGUAUGUGUGCUGUACAGUGCUGGCACUGUUAAUGGCUCCUUAUUAAAAUUCUGAAUUUCCAGGUGACAAAAAUGUGCUUUAAA